CACUGGGACAUGAUGACUUCUACUGCUCCUCUCCUCUUGGCUUUAGCUGCUCUGUUUGGCAGGAGUUAUGGUCAGUCUGCUACCCAACCUGAAACUCACCGCUCUGUUCUCCAAGGAGAAGCUGUACAGCUCAACUGUACAUAUAAGACAGCUGUUAAUAUGUUCUGGUAUGUUCAGUAUCCAGAUAAAGCUCUGGAGAUGCUGCUGUAUAAUUAUGGAGAAGAAAUUAAGAAAGGAUUCACAGCUAAAGAUGAGAAAUCAGAUUCUACCUACAACCUACGUAAAGAAGCAGCAGAACUGAGAGACUCUGGGGUGUAUUUCUGUGCAGUGAGUGAUAAUAAUGCCAAACUCACUUUUGGAAGUGGAACCAGUUUAAGAGUUUUACCAAACAUUAAAGAUGCUAAACCUUCAAUGUAUCGCCUCAAAGCUGACACGAAUGAACCAGGAGUCCCUGAAUCUGUGUGCCUGGUCACUGAUUUCCCAGUUCUUAGUAAUGAAACAGAGCUCCAACUGAAUGGAAUAAAGGUGAACAAGGAUGAAAGACUAUUGUUGGACAAAACUGAAGACAACACAUGGAGAUACAGUUCAGUCCUGUGGAAUGAUGAUGCAAAAACAGAAUGCACAGUGAAUUAUGCAAGCAACAAAAUUUCUGAAAUACCCGUAGCAGAGAAAAUUGAAUGUUCAUCGCCAAAAAUUGAUGAGACCUUUAAAACAGAUGAAAGACUGAAUACAGUAUCUCUCAAAAUGCUUGGACUGAGGUUCUUAACCAUCAAAGCCAUAGUGUUCAAUGCGAUAACAACGCAACGACUCUGGUCAGCUUAAGAAAUUUUUACUUGUGACUCAGAACCCACCUUCAAAUAUGAAAGUUAUUAUCUUUAAUCAAGUUUCUUGAUCUGACGAUUUUCCUACACUGAAUGCCAAUCUCGUAUCUGAAAGAUGUUUAAAAAGCAUGAAGAAGGCACUGAAAUCAGUUGAAACGUACAUUGCCUAUUCCGUACCAGCACAUUAAAAUCAAAUGCAGAUGUCUCCUCUUUGUAUAUAGCAUAGUCUUAGCUUAAUAAAAAUGCCAUGAUAUUAAAGUUUAGUGUAGAAUGAAAUAGAUAGAUUAAAAUUCAUUUUUUACUAUUUUACUGUUAACAGAUUAAUCUUGAUGAUGCACUUUAAUGCAUAUUACAUUAGACAUAGUACAUUUCAGUCUCAGUAGUGAUAUAAUUCAUAUUUUUAAUUAUUGUCAUUCUAGAUUUUUUUAUGAUUUCAAGUUAAUUUUUAAAAAUGUUACUGUAGAUUAAAAACAAUAUCUAUUUCCAUUGUACAAUAUAGAAAUGCUUCAAAUAAAUCUAUUAAA